GCAGUGUGGUGACACCAUUGUAAUCAUUAUUCAUCUCUAUAUUCUGCUCAGGUGCUGAGUGGCGGCUUGAUUUACCCCUAAUCAUCAAACUGGGAGAUCAAAUAAUGAGGUCAUUAUACUGAGAGUGGCUACGGAGCAAUUGUGAGUCUCUGACCGUCUCCUGUACUAUGUCUGCAGUCUCUGGUCAUCUCCUGUACUGUGUCUGCAGUCUCUGGUCAUCUCCUGUACUAUGUCUGCAGUCUCUGGUCAUCUCCUGUACUGUGUCCGCAGUCUCUGGUCAUCUCCUGUACUAUGUCCGCAGUCUCUGGUCAUCUCCUGUACUAUGUCCGCAGUCUCUGGUCAUCUCCUGGACUAUGUCUGCAGUCUCUGACCGUCUCCUGUAGAUUGUCUGCAGUCUCUGGUCGUCUCCUGUAGUAUGU